AUGGGGAAUUCUCAGGGCAAGCCUGUGGUCUUGACCGAUGAAGUCAACCUCAACCAUUUUCGUCUGCUAAGAGUCGUGGGCAAAGGAGCCUUCGGCAAGGUUCGCAUUGUAGAGCGCAAAGACUCAGGCUUGACAUUCGCCCUUAAAUACAUCCGCAAAGAUGAAGUGGUUCGUUCCGAAAGCGUACGCAAUAUUAUCAGAGAACGGCGGAUGCUGGAGCAUCUUAACCACCCCUUCUUGUGCAAUCUCCGCUACAGUUUCCAAGAUGUCGAGUAUUUGUAUCUCGUGGUCGACCUGAUGAAUGGUGGCGAUCUUCGCUUCCACAUCCAACGAAAGUCCUUCACCGAAGACACCAUCCGCUUCUGGAUGUCCGAGCUGGCUUGUGCCCUCCGGUAUAUCCACAGCCAAGGCAUUGUGCAUCGCGACCUCAAACCGGAUAAUGUGCUGCUAGACUCGGAUGGUCACGUCCAUCUGGCAGAUUUUAACGUCGCAUCCGACUUCAAGCCUGGCAAGCCUCUGACUAGCAAGUCAGGGACCUUGGCCUAUCUCGCGCCCGAAGUGUUCAGAGGUUCGGGAUAUUACAGCGAAGUGGAUUGGUGGUCGUUGGGUGUCACCAUGUACGAAUGUGUCUAUGGGAAGAGACCAUUCGAAGGACGCACUCACGAAGAAUUGGUCGACGCCAUCUGUGCGGCUAAUCCGCGGUAUUUUGUCACGAAGCCCCCCGUGUCGAUGCCAUGCCUUCAUGCCAUGACAAAUCUGAUCGAGAAAGACCGACGACAACGCAUCGGCGCCACUGGAUUCGACACCUUCACCUCGCAUCCCUUUUUCAGUUGCAUCAAUUUCGAAGCGCUGGAGAGAAAGCAAAUCCAUCCCGUGUUCAUUCCCUCUAGUGAUAAGACGAACUUUGAUGCCACCUACGACCUGGAGGAAUUACUGCUGGAAGAGGCCCCGUUGGAAGCUCGAGCGCGGAAACAGAAGCCGCGCGCAGAAUUGCGCAAUGAUGCUACGAGCAAGGAAAUUCGAGAAGAUGAGCUUCACCGCAUGAUUGAGACCAUGUUUGAGCCUUUUGACUAUACCCUGGCUAGUUAUGACGUGAGUGCUGCUGCGGCGGUUGCUGGCACCGUGCCCGAAGAACACGUUGAAUUAGACAUGGCACAACCAGAAUCACAUUCUAUUCCCACGUCGCCAGAUGGAUCACCACCGAUCUCGCCCACCGCGGUCACGACACCUUCGCGAGAACAAGAAAACUUUGGACCAUUAGAGGAAUUGAAAGCGGCAGUGCCGCAACCACAGCCACCCGGCCCACCUGGACCAACUGGACCACAUGGGCCACCAGGUCGACCUGCGUCUUCGUCGAAAUCAUUCAGCAGACCGAUUCCUCCGCAGCGACCGAUGCCCGCCCAACGGCAGCCAAGCAAAGGGGGCGGAGUCCAGAUGGUGUUGGAUGAGUCGGGAAGUUGGACGAAUCUGGCCGAUCAGACCAGCCCUCAUCAACAAGACGUAAUACUGGGUGAUGGCGGGAAACUUGAGAAGAGCGGCAGCAUGCUAGGAUUCUUGAGCAGGAAGAAAGGAAGGGAUCGAAGUCCGAAACCAAAAGAGGCAGGCGUACUAGGCAAGGUUGGAGCACGACAUAUCAUCAGCUGA